AAACAAAAAUGAGGGGAGGGGUUAAAAAAAAAGGAACAGGGGAAAUAUUAUAAGCCCUAUUAUUAGUUUAUUUUAUUUUUUUAUUUUUCUAAGCUUUCUCUCCUUUUCUCGGUAAAGCUAUGUUUAUUUCUCGUGCUCUAAGCCGCGUUGCUUCAAACGCAUUUCGUCUCCAAGCCAAUCCCUUAGCUAAUCAAGCUAUUCAAUCAGCUCGUACCUAUGCCACAGCCGCCAGCGUUGGUAAAAUUCGUUCUGUUAUUGGUGCUGUUGUUGACGUACAAUUUGACCAAGAAAACUUGCCUGCUAUUUUGAAUGCCCUUGAAGUUCAAGGUCACUCUGGCGGACGUCUUGUCCUCGAAGUCUCUCAACAUUUAGGUGAAAAUACUGUCCGUACUAUUGCUAUGGAUGGUACUGAAGGUCUUGUUCGUGGUCAAAAGGUCGUUGAUACUGGUGCACCUAUCACUAUUCCUGUCGGUAAAGAAGUCCUUGGUCGUAUUAUCAACGUCAUUGGUGAACCUAUUGAUGAACGUGGACCCAUCAGUGCCAAGACUCACCGUCCUAUUCACGCUGAUGCACCUGAGUUUGUUGACCAAUCACCUACACCUGAAAUUCUCGAGACCGGUAUUAAGGUUGUUGAUUUGUUAGCACCUUAUGCUCGUGGUGGUAAGAUUGGUCUCUUUGGUGGUGCAGGUGUCGGUAAGACUGUAUUGAUUCAAGAAUUGAUUAAUAACAUUGCUAAAGCACAUGGUGGUUAUUCCAUCUUCUGUGGUGUUGGUGAACGUACUCGUGAAGGUAACGAUCUCUAUCAUGAAAUGAUUCAAACUGGUGUCAUUCAGUUAGAAGGAGAUUCCAAGUGUGCUCUUGUCUUUGGUCAAAUGAACGAACCCCCAGGAGCUCGUGCUCGUGUUGCCUUGACUGGUUUAACGAUUGCUGAAUACUUCCGUGAUGAUGAAGGACAAGAUGUAUUGUUGUUUAUUGAUAACAUUUUCCGUUUCACACAAGCAGGUUCUGAGGUAUCUGCCCUUUUGGGUCGUAUUCCCUCUGCUGUCGGUUAUCAACCUACAUUGUCUACUGAUAUGGGUGGUAUGCAAGAACGUAUUACGACUACCAAGAAUGGUUCCAUUACCUCUGUCCAAGCUGUCUAUGUCCCAGCUGAUGAUUUGACCGAUCCUGCUCCUGCUACUACAUUUGCUCACUUGGAUGCCACUACUGUCUUGUCUCGUUCAAUUGCUGAAUUGGGUAUCUAUCCUGCUGUGGAUCCUCUUGAUUCCAAAUCACGUAUCCUUGAUCCUCGUAUUGUAGGAGAAGAACAUUACAAGGUUGCAACUGAAGUCCAACAGAUUCUUCAAAACUACAAAUCACUUCAAGAUAUCAUUGCUAUUUUGGGUAUGGAUGAACUUUCAGAAGAAGAUAAGCUUGUAGUUGAGCGUGCACGUAAGAUCCAACGUUUCCUUUCACAACCUUUCGCUGUUGCUCAAGUCUUUACUGGUUAUGAAGGUCGUCUCGUGAAACUCAAUGAUACCAUUCGUUCCUUUAAGGAGAUCUUGUCUGGUAAGCACGACCACUUGCCCGAAUCAGCCUUCUACAUGCAAGGUGAUAUUAAUGACGUUCAGAAGCGUGCUGAAGAACUUGCCAAAGAAAUGGGUUCUCAGUAAUAAUAAGUUAGGCGUGCAGUGCUGAUAUCUAUGUUUGUAUGCGUGUGCACUUACAACAAAUAAAGAAAAAAAAAUAAUCUUUCUUAUUUAUUGUCAUAAAUAUAUAAUCAUAUCUAUGUAUUUAUUAUAUUACAUUAGGCUGUCAAUUUCGGGAGCACAAAUAAAAUAUAUAAUGAUGACCAUUGUAUUUAAAAGAAAAAAAAA